AUGGCAACCUUCAAGAGAGCCAACGACCUGGUAAAUGACCUAUCAGAUUACAUACGGACAACAUUUUCCAAGUUUUUAAGGCUCCAGCCAACUCUCCAUAGAGACAACGUCAAUUAUAUACUUCACGAACCCGCCAUCAUCAAGUACUAUAGACCGACCAAUCAGCCAUGGCGAUACUACCUGAUCAGCCUCUUCCAGAUUCACAACGAAACUCUCAAUGUGUGGACGCACCUGAUUGGCUUCCUUAUCAUGUGAGUGAUUCUGGGUAACCUGUUCAUGGAGUACAAUAUAUGGACAGAACGUCACUCGUGGCCAAUGUUGGUAUUCCUAUUGUGCUGUGUUGUGUCUUCCAUGUUAAGUGCAUGUGUACAUCUGCUCCACUCUCGAUCCGUGCAUCACCACUACAGUCUCUUCUUGAUUGACUAUAUCGGGGCGACUAUAUAUGGAUUUGGCACUGGGAUGCAAACAUUUUAUGCAUGUUCGGAUAAAAGCUCGUACGAAUAUAUAGGGUCAAUGUAUCUUCCGAUAUUGACGCUUGUGACAUGGAUAAACUUUUUGGUGCUUGCACUUUCGAAAAUUAUGUUUGGUCACAACCCAAAUGACGUCAGAAGAAAGCUUAUGAUGAUUGCAAUGAUGACAGUUCAGACCGCUGUCUGUUCUCUUCCGAUAGGACCUCGUUACGUGCGAUGCUACUACGACGUAGAAUGCCAUCUUUCUUCUCUAAACCAUUUAUCAUUAAGUUAUAUUUUACUUAUAGUGAGCGCAUUUUUCUUUGGAAGUCAUUUACCUGAAAAAAUUUUCCCUGGUAAGUGUGACGUGAUAGGUCAAGGCCACCAGAUUUUCCACGUGAUCAGUGUCGUCAAUCAAAUGUGGCAGUUGCAAUCCAUGCGAAUCGACUUUUCGACUGGAGCUUCGGAUCACACAGAUCCCGAUAUACUGAUCAUCAUGGCGGCAUUCUCGAUUCUUUUGUUGCUUGAUUCUAUUUCUUACGUUUUUCUGAAGAAAAUCAUCCCUAACUCAUUCAAGGAUGCAAAACAAACCUGA